AUGAAGAAGGCAGCCUCAUCGUGCCCGGCGGCGUCCCAUCACGACACCACAGCCACCACAACACACCACAACACCACAGGCUCUUUGCUGCCCCUCCAGUCUACACCACCAUAUCACAACACCACACCACCACAGCACCACAAUCAUCACAGCACACCACAACGCCACACCCUUGCUGCCCCUCCUCCAAUCCACACCACAACCACCACAACACCACACCCUCCUUGCCGCCCCUCCAUUCCACACCAUCACCAACAGCAUGCAUCCCUCAACCCUCCCGUGGCGACACACAACCCCGCGGCGACACUGACGAAGGCUGAGGGCGCCCACAUGCACGGCGCCUCAGAACCAGUUUCCUUUCUUGGCGAGCCUGAAGGGGCCGCCCACGCCACGCCACCUGGAGCUGAGUGA